UCGGACAAUAAUGUAUAGCCAAACCCGACUUCGUUUAAAAUAUACACCUCAGUAUAGGAUACAUCUUUCAGCCCUAUGGGCUAUCUUAUGCAUUUUAGACAACCUUCUACUUAAUAUCGUAUUCCGUGUCAGAAACAUACCUGAUUCGUGCCUCAUUUAAUAUAAAAUUCUUGUUAUUUCCAACGUCCUUACAACUUCUGAACCUUUAGCCCAGCUCUUUAUCAUUCAUCCCACCUAAGUUUUAGAACUAACGACCGAACUGAGACAUGAUCUCACUCAAAAAUCUAGGUUAUCAAGUUGUCAAUUUGAAUUUCAGUCCAUCCUCUCAAGUUCAAUCCCUAUUUAAAAUCUAUUUCUGUUGUUCUUUUCCAGACAUUUAUUUAACAAUUAGUAGCUAUAUCAACAUAAGCCCACACACACAAAAUUUUGUAUUUAUUUUUUCAUUUUUUAUUGUCUAACUUUCCCACUUUCUAAAUGUUUAUUCAAACUGGUUGUCAUGAGGAAAAACUAUUAAGUAUCAGUUAGUGGGAGUUAUUUUAUUUUUUUUCGAAAUUACUUCCUUAUAAUAAAUUUUAAUAUUCAAAAGUAUCUUUAAAUUAUGCUUGAGUUAUUUUAAUUUUAAUUAUUCUCACAAUAUAACUCUAUUUUUUUUAUUUUUAUUCGGACUCUCUUAGUGUCACCACCAGAGCUGUCCGCAGUUGCGGAUUGCGUAGAUUUGCGUGUUUAUUUGACUUGCGGAUUGCGUUUGCGGAUUUUAAAAUUAAACUUGCGGAUUGCGGCUGCCGAUUUUACUAUUUUUACGCAAUUUUUUGUAUAUAUCAAGCACCAUAAAUUAAGAAAAUCCGACUUAUUGGCUUCCAAAAUUUUCAAACUUUUCGCCUGCGGCACUGAAAAUGCUGUCUUAUUAUGUCUGUUCCUCAUUUUGAUAAUCUAAUAUCAAUGAGGGUUGGUGUACAAAACUGAAAAUUUUCCUGGAACUAAUACCAACUCUAUACACACAAGACCAAGACUAAUAAAAAAAUCUUUAACUAAGCCAAGCCUCGAGUUAAACGUCUCUACUGUAUGCUACGAAUUA